GCGAUAAUUUUUCUUCCAAAUAUUUGUGUAAACGAGUUUUACUAACUAAUUUACAAAAAUGAAAUUAGAUAUUCAACGUAUUCGAAUUUGCCGCCGCCAUUAGUCGAAAAUAUCGAAACAGUAAUACCAACAGAACCCCGCAAAAUCUCUAACAGUAUAGACAACAAAUAUUCCUCCGUAAACACGGCAUUUCCAGUCGAUUUCAACAAGCCUAACGAACCAUCGGGUAUCAAAAAGUUACAAAAAAAUCCAUAGUAUAAAUAUCGCGAAAAAGUUAGUUUUAAAUCCGCCGCACAAACUCAAAAACCACACCGAUCAGAACGGCAGGUCGAGGAAAUCGAUGAGUCAUCUGGGGGAAUUUCGGUCCGCCAAGUUUUCGGUUGACACGGAACCGCAGGAGCACGCGCACAUCUCGUCGGGAUUCGUUCGGCCGAUCCCCUCUCAGUCGUUUCGGGUGCUCCAUGUUUCUCGUUUCACAGUGCGGACCUGAGAACUGCACAAAGCGCAAUGUAUGUGCGCCAUUGCUGUGGAGAACAGCUACGAAAAGUUCUAUCAACGUACAUUCGGUUUUCACGCUACAAACCGACUUUAAAUGCAGAAUAACGUAACGGAAUUAACACAGAGAUUGCUACGUUCAUUGGACAGUAAUUAUAAUGUCAUCGAUAUGCCCGCAGUUAUCGAAAUCAUAUCCCUAUUGGAAAAAGUGGCUAUUACCAAAGAAUUACUGGAGACCACCAGAUUGGGCAAAUACAUAAACGAGCUAAGGAGAAAAACGACCAACGACGCCCUAUCGAAGCGGGCGAAGGAGCUGGUGAAGAAAUGGCGGAACGCCGUGCUGCCCGAGUCCAACGGCCAGCUGAAGCAGAGCCCGCCGCUGCAGCACUCCGCCGUGGUGUCGUCGAACGCGACGGCCGCCGGCCAGGAGGACGUCAACUUGAACCAGAUCAAGGCGAAGAAGCGCCAGGCGAAAGAGCCGCCGGCCGACGGCCCCAACGCGAAGCGCGCCAAAUCGAACGGGGCCAUGUCCGAGUGGGACUUCUCCGACAAUUCCAAUUCGAGUUUCAAAGAUGUGAUACCUACAGUUAAAACGGAACCAAAACGCGAUGUGAUUAUUAUUAAUUCGGAUUCGAAUUCCAGUAUGCCGGAGAAGAACGAUCCGCCGUUGGACCAGCAAUUGCCGAAGAAACGCGGCCGGAAAAAAGGCUCGAAAAACCACAAGAACCUGCUGGACGAGGCCGAGAGUUCGUUCACGAACAAACUGGCCGUGUCCAGGGGCAAUUCCAAAGUGAAAACCACGCAAGAGUUGGUGGCCAGUUUGCAAAAGAACUCCGCCACCAUGUUGAAUUCCCUGAUCAAACCCAAAGAGGAUUUGAACGAGAAAGCAGCUAAACUGACGGAGCGCGUCUCGAUGAUCGACCAGCAAUUGAACACGAACGCCAGCAGGAAUAAGAACUCCCAACGGAACAAACCGUUCAAAUUGGAGAAGAACGAUCGAGUGAUCGAAUCGGGCUCGGUGAUCAACGACAAGAGCCUGCUGGCGCAGGAGCCGAUCAAGAGCGAGGAGGACGAAGUGAACGUCGUGGACGCCGAAGACGACGACGACGAGCCCGACGACGAGGACGUCGAUAAGAAGGCUAAAGCGGAGAACCAAGAGACUGAUAAUUCGAACGUCGCUUCGGCCCUGAGCGUGGAGGACGCCUUGGCGCUGCUGCCGCCCGUCGAUAGAUCGGUGUUGGGCGAGGAGGAGGGCGUCCGGUGUACGUGCGUCCUCGAGGAGAUCCCGAGCAAGGAGUUCUCGAGCUACCUGGACGAUCAGGAGGACGCGGCCAUCGGCAAAUUCGAGUUUGUAGAAGACGAAGACUGCGCGGCGAAGCGUUUCCUAUCCGAUGAGUACCGUUUGGGCGAGGGCGCGAGCGACGAGGCCGUGGAAAGGUUACAUGACACUUUUAUACCGAACGUGAACGGGAAUUUUAGCGCGGGACCGUCCGCUCCGGGGCCGGAGAUGCGCGACGACGGUCUCUACGCGAACGUAGUGCCUAAUGUAAAUAUAGAAAGUAUACCGAAAGAUGUGAAGAACUUCACGGGUGAAAAUUAUAGCAGGUACAGUUUCUCAGAGGGCGGUUCGGAUUGUUGUGUUAAAGAGGAACGGACAGAAGACGAUGGGGUGGCUGUUAGUGAUAAAUGUUUUAGAGAAUGGCAUGAGGUCGUCGACGCGCCCUCGUAUCAAGGGGAGAUUUUAAAAAUUUUGCCCUAUGUUAUAAUCGAUUGAAAAUGCUAGUCCUUUUUUUUUAAUAUUAUAUUAGAUGAAUGAAUUAAUCUGAUGUUCGGUCGGAAAUGACGAAAAUUUGUUCGCAAAGUUAUUAUUAUUAUUAAAAAGUUAUAUUAUCUUAGUUGAAUUUCGUUUAAAUGAAAAUGAUUACUCUUAUUAUUUCGUCGGUUAGAUUUAACUUUCGUAACUUGGUGAAUAAAAUUAUGUCGAAUAUACGCGGUUAGGCGUGGUAAAGAUAUUUUGGCCUUUGAUUUGUUUCUGUUUUUUUAAGUUCAAAAUGGUUCUGUACACGUCUUAAACCGUUCCUAAUUAUUUAAAGCUAUAUGCUAUUUGUUACCUUGAAAGGUGAUAUUAUUAAUGAUAGAUUCAUUUGCGCUUUUUUGGUAGAUUUUGAAAAUUUUGUGUAAAGUGUACAGAAACCUAAUUGAGCUAAUUUGUUUUAUUCGCAUAUGGUUUGUCUCGAGCAUUUGGAUACCACAUUUCUUUCGAAAUGCCUUCGAGUUCGUGUUAAUUAUUAAAUUGAAAAUAUUAGUUUGUCGAUGUUUAAUCGUUAGUACUAAAACCGCGGUUUCGAUAUGUUAGAAGUGCCUUGAAUUAAAAAAUUGAACCAGAAAUAAAUUUGAUAUUCAAAUGCUGAGCAUUGGAUUAUAUGCAUAAAUUUUUAACGUUUCAAUCUUAAAAAAUGUAAGUGUUCGAUCUAUAGGGUGAGUUAACUAUCACCUUAAUUUUCCUUUUAACUCUAAUAAUAUUUCCUUAUUUGAGUAGUAUUGGAAAAAUGGUGCUUUGUUAGCUCACCUUAUACAGGGUGUCCCGCGUAAGAACUGACACAGCAGGGUCGUGUAUUGAGACACCCUGUAAUCUACUCUUCUGAAAUUAUGCGUUUAUGAAAAGCAAAUUAACUCUACAUGUUUGAUCGAUAAUUUUGUGCGUUGGCUUGAUACUUGCAGAUUUUUUUAAGAAUUAUUUUCGUGUCUGUAUCGAAUGUUGCCGUUUCCAAAUCCAGGGUAAUAUAAUUUUGUGCAUAGUGAUUUUUGAUGUCUCUAUCACAGCUUUUAUGUUCUUGUAUAUAUACUUUAUAGUUAGCAAAUUUAUUUCGAAAUAAUUUUAUUGAAAACGUCAUUUGUUACGACCUUGUUAAUUUAUUAUUUUUGUUGUUACAAGUGGAAGGACACGGUUCGGACGAAUUGAUAAGGUUUAUUCGAACGCGCCCUUUUUUCCGAUUAAGUCGAGAACUAUUCCAAAAAAUAUGUCUCUGAAUAGUACCGAAUUUCGCAUACAAUUUACUUAUAUUUGUACCUUUGUUUUGUACAAUAGGAAAAAUGUAUGUAUGUGAAAAAAUAUCAAAAUCACGAAAAGAACGGCCAAUAUAUUUUUAUUGUAGUUUUGAAUUCGUUUAGGAGGAUUUUACUAAUUUUUGUUAUGCUUAUCAUCUGUCCAAAUGUUUUUUGGUACGUUUCUACAAAAUAAGCCAUUUGUUUAUUUUUCUGUAAAUAUAGAUUUUCCGAUUAUAUAAAAGUUAUCCCUGUACGAAAUUUUCGUUGUUUUUUC